CUGCGAUUUGAUUGGUUUUAUGAUCAGUCAAUUGUGCUGUUCUUCGCUGAUUGUGCUGUGGAGUUGGCUGUGGAGUUGGCUGUGGAGUUGGCUGUGGAGUUGGCUGUGGAGUUGGCUGUGGAGUUGGCUGUGGAGUUGGCUGUGGAGUUGGCUGUGGAGUUGGCUGGGGAGUUGGCUGGGGAGUUGGCUGGGGAGUUGGCUUGGGAGUUGGCAGGGGAGUUGGCUGCGGAGUUGGCUGCGGAGUUGGCUGCGGAGUUGGCCGCGCCUCUGAAGUUGAAUCCCACAUGA